AUGGCCAAUCACACACCAGAGAGCCCGUGUAGGGGGAAGCCGCUGGACUUCAUGUUCGUCAUCGACAGCUCCCGCAGCGUCCGCCCCCACGACUACGAGAAGGUCAAGACCUUCAUCAUCAACAUCCUGCGGUUCCUGGACGUGGGCCCCGAGGCCACCAGGGUGGGCCUGAUCCAGUACGGCAGCGUCGUGCAGAGCGAGUUCUCCCUGAAGGCCUUCCAGAGGAAGGCGGACGUGGAGGAGGCCGUGCGGAACAUGGUCCACUUGGCCACGGGCACCAUGACGGGCCUGGCCCUCCAGUACACCAUGAACGUGGCCCUCUCCGAGGCCGAGGGGGCGCGGCCCCUGGACAUGGUCGUGUCUUAUCUGAUCGUCAAAGAGUGGAUUGUUUUCAGCUCCCUGUGUGAGUCUACGGCAUGUAAAAAUCUGUGCGCUGUUACGGAUCACAGAUGUGAACACAUGUGCAUCAAUACCCCUGGCUCUUACAUGUGCAGAUGCAAGAAAGGGUACACUCUGAACCCCGAUGGGAAGACCUGCAAAGCUCAGGAUCUGUGUGCUGUGGUGGACCACGGCUGCCAGCACUACUGCGUCAGCCUCCCUGGCUCGUAUGAGUGCCGCUGUCGCGGAGGCUACCAGCUCAGGGAGGAUGGGAAGACCUGCAGCAGGAUUGACUACUGUGCCCUGGGGACCCAUGGCUGUGAGCACGACUGUGUGAACACUGUGGACUCCUACAUCUGCAGGUGCCGCAGGGGCUUCAUCCUCAACUCCGAUGGAAAGACCUGCCGGAGAGAAGACCUCUGUGCGUUGGGCACCCAUGGCUGUGAUCACAAGUGCGUUAACACUGCUGACUCCUAUGUCUGCCGCUGUCGCCAGGGUUACAGGCUCAAUCCAGAUGGAAAAACGUGCAAAGAGAUUGAUCACUGUUCUCUGGGCACCCAUGGCUGUGAUCACGAGUGUGUUAACACUGAAGACUCCUUUGUGUGUAGAUGCCAUGAAGGCUAUAUGCUCAACCCUGAUGGCAAAACCUGUAAAAGAAUGGAUUACUGUGCUACAGUUGCCAAUGGCUGUGAGCAUUUGUGCUUGAACACGGACAGCUCCUAUAUCUGCCAGUGCUUUGAGGGCUACACUCUUAAUGAUGAUGGGAAAACUUGCAGAAUCAGGGAUGUCUGUCAGACAAUUGCCCACGGCUGCGAGCACAUUUGUGUCAGCACAGAGGACUCCUACACCUGCAAGUGUUUUGAGGGAUACACCCUGGCUGAGGACAGAAAGAGCUGCAGACGGUGUGCCGAGGGCGUGAUCGACCUGGUGUUCGUGAUCGAUGGCUCCAAGAGCCUGGGCCCCACGAACUUCGAACUGGUGAAGCAGUUCGUCGCCGGGAUCGUGGGCUCCCUGGACGUCUCCCCAGCGGCGGCCCGAGUGGGGCUGCUGCAGUACUCCACCAAGGUGCGCACGGAGUUCACCCUGGGCCAGCACCGCUCCGGCCAGGAGGUGAAGGAGGCCGUGUCCCGGGUCAGCUACAUGGGCCGGGGCUCCAUGACGGGCAGCGCCCUGCGCCACAUGUUUGAGAACAGCUUCUCCACCCGAGAGGGGGCGCGGCCGGCGUCGGCACAGGUGCCCAAAGUCAGCAUCGUCUUCACAGACGGGCGCUCACAGGAUGACGUCUCGGAAUGGGCGGCCAAAGCACAGGAAGCUGGCAUCACCAUGUACGCAGUAGGAGUUGGCAAGGCCAUAGAAGAGGAGCUGAGAGAAAUCGCAUCGGAGCCGAAGGAGAAGCACCUGUAUUAUGCGGAAGAUUUUGGCCACAUGGGUGAAAUUGCUGAAAAGCUGAAAGCAAGGAUUUGUGAAGAAAAGCCUUCUGGGGAGGAUCAGUGUAAGUGUGACAACUUAAUAGCCUUCCAGAACCAGGCCCGUGAGCAAAUGCGGAAGCUGAUGCAGAGACUGGAGAAGAUGAUGCAGAGACUGGAAUCUUUGGAAAACCGCCUUGGAUACAACUAAUCCCCAGGAG